AUGUCCAUGGAUAACAAAGUCUCAGAAGAGCUGACGAAUGUUAGGACUGUUGAGCAGAUACCCGUGUCCUCCACUUGCAUUCCACGAAAGGACGACAUUUCAAAUUGGCCUCAUUUGAGAGACGUCGAGUUGUUGGAGCCCAGUGUGUCAGAUGUUGUUCUAAUAAUUGGUCUUAAAGAGAAGCCUACACUGUUUAUCCCAUUAGAGCGCAGAUCAGGUGGAGAUAGCGAGCCGGUAGCAGUGCGAUAUUCCCUGGGUUGGACAGUUAUGGAUCCUCUGAGCGGGACACGAGUUGAUGAGCGUUGUUCCGUCAACUUCGUUCGCCUUGGAAACAAAGAGUUUUACGUUGAU